AUGUCUCCAAAGGAAAUAAAACACGCGCAAGCAGUCACAGUCAGUCUCCAGGAGCUGGUUGAUGGAACCGUCUCCUUUGAUACUCUUACUGAAGCAUUCGGUCCGUCCUCGCUCGGCAUAAUCGUCGUUAAAGACCUCGAUGAGAAGUUCCAGCGGCUGCGCGCGCAAGUCCUCUCGAAUGCUUCUUAUCUUGCCGCGCUUGGGGAAGAUGAGUUAGAAACCCUCACCUCCCCACAAGCAAAAUACCUUGUCGGCUGGUCCUGCGGUAAAGAAACACUCCGCUCCGGCCAUUUCGACACACUCAAGGGCUCCUACUACGUCAACUGCGCAUUCUACCACGACCCCUCGCUAAACGGCGCUCCCGCCGAAGGGUUCCCCGACUUCCCCGAAUACACCGCGGACAAUGUCUGGCCGGACGUUGAGAAGUUGCCGACUUUCCGCAGCGGGCUGGAGGAGCUGUGUAGGCUGAUUAUUGAUACGGCGGUGCUUGUUGCGAGGGCUUGUGAUCGCUAUGCCGAGGGGAAUAUUGGGGGGUAUAAGACUGGUUAUCUCGAGAGGGUUGUCAAGUCGAGUCUGACGACAAAGGCGAGGUUGUUGCAUUAUUUCCCGACGGCGGAUGGUGGUGUGAAGGAUGGUGCAGAGAAGGAGGAGGAGGAAGAAGAAGAAGAAAAAGAAGAAGAAGAAGGGGACGACGACGACUGGUGCGCAACACACCUCGACCAUGGCUGUCUUACAGGCCUCACAUCGGCGAUGUUCGUUGACGAGGCUGCGAACCCGCCUCUACCUGCAUCUUCCUCAGAACCACUCCCCGAACUCCAGGCGUCACCGGAUCCCAAGGCCGGGUUAUACAUCCAGUCGCGGACGGGUGAUGUUGUCAAGGUGAAUAUCCCCAAGGACUGCCUUGCUUUCCAGACCGGUGAAGCGCUGCAGCUUAUCACCCAGGGGAAGUUCCGGGCUGUACCGCAUUUCGUCAAGGGGGCCAGGGUUCCCAAGGGAAAGGGGAAGAUUGCGAGGAAUACGCUGGCUGUGUUUACGCAGCCGAAUUUGGGGGAGGAGGUUGAGGAGGGGAAGACGUUUGCCGAUUUUGCGAGCGAAGUUGUCAAGAGGACAUACUGA